AUAUCAAUUAUCAUAUACAUGGAGUGAUCACAUCUCACACACAAGCAUAUCUCUCACCCAAAUUCCAUCCUUGAAAUGAGAUGACAAGACGCUGUUGCACUAGCUAUUUUGUUCUUGAUGCUGUUUCUCUAUCUGAUCCGUCCCAUUUCCCCCUGUUUACAGCAGUCACAGCCGACAAGAACCAGUAGGUAAAACAAGUAGGAUGCAGGUUUGAAUGGCUGAAUGCCAACCUCUUUUGCAACUGCAGGAAGGGAAGGAACUCCAAGAACUGCAGCCAUACGAUGGCUGUGAUCCUUCAGUGUACAGAGGCUCAAUUCUGCUGCCCCGGCAGGCCAGCUCAGCGGCGGCGGUCGAGCCGGCCGGGCUGCCGGAGAUGUCGUCCUCGUCGGGGUCAGGGAGAAGCGCGACGGAGGCGAGAGCCCUGAAGAUUCACAGCGAGGCCGAGCGGCGGCGCCGGGAGAGGAUCAAUGCUCAUCUGACCACACUGAGGAGAAUGAUCCCUGACACUAAGCAGAUGGACAAGGCCACCUUGCUAGCCAGAGUGGUAGACCAAGUGAAGGAUCUGAAGAGGAAGGCAAGUGACAUCACACAGCAAAUGGCCCUUCCUCCAGAGACCAACGAAGUCUCCAUCGAAUGCUUCACCGGAGACGCCGCUGCAGCCGUCGCCGUCGCUGCCACCGGCAACCACAAGACCCUGUACAUUAAGGCUUCCAUCAGCUGCGACGACCGGCCGGACCUCAUCGCCGGUAUCACCCAGGCAUUCCAUGGCCUGAGGCUGAGGACAGUAAGAGCAGAGAUGACCACACUGGGAGGUAGGGUGCAACAUGUGUUCAUACUGCACAGGGAGGAAGAAGGCCUUGCAGGUGUGAGCCUGAAGUCUCUGAAGGAGGCUGUCAGGCAGGCACUUGCCAAGCUUGCUUCUCCUGAGAUAGUAUAUGGGAGCAAUCACUUUCAGAGCAAGAGGCAGAGGAUCCUGGAGUCACAUUGCUCAAUUAUGUCCAUAUAGAUUUCAAGAUUUGUUUCUCUUGUGGGAUUCUUUUUCUACUAGCUGAGAAAUAUGUAUGAAAUGAUGAGAAGAAUCUUCAUCUCUGAGAGCUAUAGGUCUUGAGAAUUGUGUGCCUGAAUUGCUGCUUGCUGUGACAGAAUUGAUGUCUGAACUGUUGGUAGUGCUAGUGGUUGCAAUCCAC